UUAAUGAUUAUUAUACACUGAUCUGUACAUACCGAAUUAUAAUCCUUUUUUUAGAUUUUUAUUUAGGUUGCUGGGGUAAUCGUGGAAUGGAGAGGCGAAAUGGUAUGGAAUCAUCAUCAAAUCGUAAUUAUCUUAAUUCGUGAGAUUUUAUUUCAAGUGAAAAGGGAAUUUGAUGCCGAUACGCUCUAUUGAACUGGGCUCGUGCAAUUCGGUACUGUACAGUGUAAAUAGUCUGAUAAAUGGAAUUAAUGCGUUUAUCCUAACGUGAAUCUUAACAGACGCCAAUAGGUCCAAUCAACUUAAGUAAUUAUAUUCUAAUGGGGAAUAUGAUUAGAGAUAUCAAUGUGUCUCCAAUGGUUUUAUUAGUGAUUUAGUUGAUUCAUCAGUUAAUAUUGUACAAUAUACAUGUGCUAGGACCUUUUGUGGAUUUUUAUUAGACGGUCCUGAAAAUGUUCAAUCUGUGUAUACACAUACUAUUAUACUUUUAUUGGCGGGAAAUGCCAAGUGACCUACGGAGUGGAGCCGUUACACAGCUGAAUAAGGGAACUUCAAAAUUUGUUCUAAAACCACAGAUCAGCGUUAUCUUGUGAAACAUUGUGAGUAAAAUUCGUUUUUGCUAUUAGUUAUGAUGCAGACACGGAACGCAAACUAUCCUUAUACGCGAAAAACGAACAAGAAUGCUGUUAAAGAAGAAAGUAAACUUCUAAGACGAUCACCAAGAAACAAUCCGGAUUUAUUGAAGGAAAAGGUAGAGCAACAAAUUUCAUACAAGGAACCUGAUAUAUCCACCCUGCCGUCCAUUGUAUUUAAAGGAAUUAUUAAUUAUGUCAAUGAUUUUUAUGGCUGUGCCAUUGUCUCUGACGGUAUCAUACAUGAGGUAGAGAGCAGCAAGGAUGAUAUUGUACCUAUAGGAUUUGAUUUAGAAUGGCCUUUUAGUUUUCAAACAGGCAGUGGAAAGACAGCACUGGCUCAGAUUUGUCUUUCUGACAAAGUUUGUCAUCUGUUGUAUCUCUACGACUUGCAAAAAUUACCUGCAGCUCUCAUUGUGCUGUUAAAACAUCCAAAAGUUAGAUUAGUCGGUGUCAACAUUAAAAAUGAUGUUUGGAAACUUGGACGAGAUUUUAAAGAGUUUCCUGCAAAGCAAGUUGUAGAGAACAAUUGUAUUGAUUGUGGUCCAUUUGCAAAUAGCAUCCUAAAGCGUUCCUGCCGUUGGAGUUUGCAAAAACUAACGGCGUAUUUGUUACAGAAAAAAAUCAGCAAAGAUCCCAGCGUACGAAUGAGCAAGUGGCAUAUUCAGCCGCUCAGCAAAGAACAGAAAGCUUAUGCAGCAACAGACGCCUACGUCUCAUUGCUGCUUCAUCAAACAAUUCAAAAAAAGGCCGAUGAACUCGCUCUCAAAUUAGAAAAGGAAAAUUAUGAAAUUUGAUUGAAUUUGAUCACGAGUAAGAUAAAAGUUAAUACUUCCGACUGAGUACAAAUUAAAAUACAUUUCUAAAAUGAGUGAGAAAGUAGUAAAAGUACUAUGGGCUGGUAGACUGGGUUAUGGAGUAGGACUUCGUCUGCAAAAAGCAUUGACCUCUCAUCAUAAUGACACAAAUUUAAAUAUGGCAGUACGAAAUACUUUAGUUCUAGUAGAACACAAUCCCGUGUACACAAUUGGAAUACGAACAACAGGCUAUACUCAGGAAGAUGAAGAUAAGCUGAGAAAACUUGGUGCAGAGUAUUAUAAGACAAAUAGAGGAG